CGUCUGAUGGCGGCCGCAACUCGCAAUCAAUUUGACAGAGCCCAAUUUCGACCAACCUUUACCUUUAUCGCUAAGAAAAAAUUUAUAAGAACAAUUGCAUAAUUUUCUAUUGUGACGUUAAGUCAGCAGUUUGUAGGGUACCGUUGCGGCGAUAGCAUAUUUUCAUAGUACCUGUGCCUAUAUUUUAUAUUUCAUAGUACCAGUGCUUAUAUUUUGUGAGUACCUACGUGUAUAUUCUGUGGCUUCGUGUAGUAGAUUUUCUUCCCGCUUUUUUUAUACACCAGUGAACACAAGUUGAGCUCGGUUAAUCGAAAUGCUCUCUAAAAGUUUUUAACGAGUGCCGAAGCAUUGUGUGGUGUCCAUUGUGUGAAAAUCCAGCGGGUUCGUUAAAGAAAAUGCAAACGUUUUCGUCGUGUUUUCUUUCCUAUUUCCCGGUAAAUUUAUUAAUCGAAGUGUAAAUAUUGGCGUCAACAUGUUGAUCAGUAACUCUAUGUGCAAACUUAUGUCCGUGUUUAUUGGCGCAGUGCAGGUAUGUUUCAUGCCAGCGCCCAUUGGGGAUUGCACAGACUGCUGUCCUAGAAAUGACCGCAAUGAUAUAAAAUACAGGCUUUUUACUAGGCCAUAUUUGCACACACCAGAACUAAUCAAAAUAGACGAUAGUAAUUCAAUAUUACGUACGAGAUACAACACAAGUUAUCCCACUGUUAUUUAUUUAUUUGGAUUUUCCGAAGCUCCCACUGGUGUUAGUACUGUGACUCUAAAGAAUGCAUUUUUAAGCACUGGCAACUACAAUUUUAUAAGCGUGGACUGGUCCCGUCUUGUCGCAUUUCCUUGGUACGUAUCGGCAGUUGAAAAUACAAGGUAUGUGGCAACUAGGCUUGCUGAUUUCGUCCAAUAUCUGGAGUCUCAUGGAACUCCAUCUAGUACUAUACAUAUUAUAGGAUUCUCUUUAGGCGCUGAAGCGGCUGGGUUUACGGGGAAAGAAUUGAAGCAAAGAGGAUUAAUGCUGGGGAGGAUUACUGGUCUAGACCCAGCCUACCCCGGCUAUAGUCUAUACGACACCGAGGGCCACCUUACCAAAGAUGAUGCAACAUUCGUAGACGUGAUACACACUAACCCGGGAGUCUUUGGUUUUCCACAAGCGAUCGGUCAUGUGGACUUUUAUCCUAACCCUGGGGAAUGGAUACAACCGGGGUGCUGGUUUGACGAGCUUAUUAGGAACAGGCAGUUUAAUUUUGUUUAUGGUUGCAGCCACAACCGUGCGUGGCGGCUUUUCGCGGAAUCCUUACACAAUCCCUGGGGAUUCCCCGCAACCGUUUGUAACGAGUGGAGGAAUGAUUCCUCCUCUUGUGGGUUUACUAUUGAUGGCUAUAUGGGAUACCAGGCGCAGCCGUCGUCUUUUGGAAAACUUUACCUAGCAACAAAUACGCGUCCACCUUUUGCAAGAAACGGUCCAUAAUAUUCUGGAUCUGUCAAGAUUCAUCGAACAUGAAAGUCGAAUGCUUCUUAUUCAAGAUGGUGUUGUUGAUAAAGUGAACUAAACAGUAAGAACUUUUCAAAAUGUUGUGUAAAAAUGGUCAGUAACAAUUUUGGCUACAUUGUUGAAGUUGUAUUUUUAUAUUCAUGUUACAUUUCGUUUUCAUUAAUUCAUUCCAUCGGAAAAAAUGCAUCGCAUAUUACAUCACAUAUAAA